CAUCAGUGAACCAACAAGCAUCAUGGCACUGCGGAGAGAGUGUGGACGACUUGGGCGGCUUUCCAGGCUUAUGUUGCCAAAACGCUUUAAAAGUACAGUAUCGAACUUGAAUCAAGAUGCGUCUGAAAGUCCUGUUCGCCCAGAGAUUGCCCAGGCCUCAUCACUGAUGGACAUUGGAACACGCCGCAUUUUCUCUGAAGAGCAUGAUAUGUUCAGACAAAGUGCAAGGCGAUUCUUCCAAGAGGAAGUUCUGCCAUAUCACUCUCAAUGGGAGAAAGAUGGACAAGUCAGCAGAGAAGUGUGGGAGAAAGCUGGGACACAGGGCCUUCUGGGAGUAAACACACCAGAUGAUCUAGGGGGCGUUGGGGGAGACUUCCUGUCUGCGUCCAUUGUCAUGGAGGAACAAAUGUAUGUGAAUUGCACGGGUCCUGGCUUUGCUCUCCACUCUGACAUUGUGAUGCCUUACAUUUCUCAUUAUGGAACGAAAGAACAGAUUGAGAGGUUUAUCCCUCGUUUAACAGCUGGUACCUGUAUAGGAGCUAUAGCCAUGACUGAGCCAGGAGCUGGCAGUGACCUUCAAGGCAUUCGGACCAAUGCAAAGAAAGACGGAUCUGACUAUAUUCUGAAUGGCAGUAAGGUGUUCAUCACUAAUGGUUACAUGAGUGAUCUGGUGAUCGUGGUCGCCAUUACAAACACGGAGGUCAAAUCUACUGCUCAUGGCAUCAGUCUGUUUUUGGUGGAAGAAGGAAUGCCUGGGUUUAUCAAAGGCAGAAAGCUAGAAAAACUCGGUCUCAAAGCUCAAGACACUGCAGAGCUGUUUUUUGAGGAUGUCAGGUUACCAAAGGAGGCCCUGCUGGGGGAGGAAAACAAAGGGUUUUAUUACCUGAUGCAGGAGCUUCCUCAAGAGAGGCUGCUGAUUGCUGCUAUGGGACAGGCUGCGAAUGAGUGGAUGUUUGAGGAGACCAGGGGCUAUGUUAAACAGAGGAAAGCAUUCGGUAAAACAAUAUCAAAGUUACAGACGAUCCAACAUAAAUUGGCUGAAAUCAAAACCGACGUGUGUGUAUCACGAGCCUUCGUGGAUCAGUGUUUAGAAAUUCACAACAAUCGUGGCCUCGACUCCUUCACUGCUUCCAUGGCUAAGUAUUGGGUGACUGACUUGCAGAACCGUGUAGCCAACCAGUGCCUCCAGAUGCAUGGUGGGUGGGGUUACAUGUGGGAAUACCCCAUUGCCCGAGCCUAUGUUGACUCCAGAGUACAACCAAUAUAUGGAGGUAGCAAUGAAAUCAUGAAAGAACUUAUUGCCAGGCCAAUUGUCUCAGACAAAUAGAUUUUAAACUGCUGUGUUGCGAGUACGGUGGUUUACCUAAAACACCAUAUUAUUUGGAAUUUGUAGCCCAAUUACCAUUCCUUCUAUCACAGCUGUAAUUGCAUCAAAACUAUCUUGUACAUGAGAUAUUAUAAAAUGUUGUAAAUAAUAAUCCUUUCCCUUGUAAAGUGUGUGUCCAUUGGAUACCCAUUUAUUCAUACAUGGAAACAAUGGAAUCUUUGAAUGGCUGUUAUCUUGCCCAUUUAUUUAUAUAUACAUAAUAGGUCAAAAACUGAAUAAAUACUGUGUGGACUAAAAAUGUUUGAACUCUGAGUCACAUAUACUCAGAAAUUAUCCACUUGACUGCUGGAUAUUUGACCAUAUUUCACAUGGAUUUUAUUUCACUCAGUUAUCUGUACAUGUACUUUCUAAAAUGUAAACCUGGUUUGUACUUUUCAAGUGUAAUUAGUCAUUUCAUUUAGUUUGUGCAUUACAGUUCUCAUAACACAAACUUGUAUGUUGAAAAUUAGCAUGGGUAUCCCGACAAGCAAUACAAUUUGUUAAACAGUACCAACUUGUGGAAUUCAACCAAAUCAGGUGCAAAUCCUAUACAACAGAGCUUGUACUAUUUUCACACCCUAAUUCGCAUAGUGUGAAAACGGCCUUAGGGGAGAGUCACUGGCUGUUAUGCCUCAAAUAUGGACAGGGAAAGAUAUCUUGGAUGGCUUGAGAAAGGUGCAAUCAGAUACAGGUUAUCCUAAAUUUCACUGGAAAUCAGGGGAGACCACUCUUAUGAGAAUGUUGAUCUGACCUGCCAACGUGGACAUGUACCAUGACUCAUCACUUUGGGCUGGGGUUAACUCUGAGAUCGGUUGGUCAUGUUC